GCAAAAGGAUGAGGUGGUCUUCUUCUAUUUGGUCCGAACAGGUCAAUUCGGCGGAACAAUUGGGUGCAUCAAUUUGGCUCUACACAUCUGAAAGAAAUCACUACGCAAACGGCCUAUUAAUACAACACAUUUCUUGGCUACGGUCGUCGUCCUCUAACUCCUCCCCACCGCUCCUCUCUCUCCCUCAUUCCUUCUCCUCCUCUCCUUCCCACUCUCUCUCUCUCCCUCUUUCCCUCUUCCCAUCCUCUAAUUGCACCCUUCCCUCGCUCUAAAUGUCUCUGUCUCUCUUUCUCCUUCUCUGCUUCCUCCACCCACGCCAACCCAGGGGGGAGCAGCACUUUCAUCAUCUAAUUAUCCCAUUGCCAGAUUACAGUGAAGAGGAAGAACCUCGUUGACAUGGCCAGCUAUCCCCUGGUGGCAAGUUUCGCGGCCUUGGUCGCGGUCCUACUCCUCGCGGCCCCUGCCACCGCCAAGCUCACCACCCUGUACUAUCAGAAGACGUGUCCCAAUGUCGAGAAGAUCGUGUCGGAUGUGGUAACAACCAAGCAGAUCAGCACCCCCACCACCGCCGCCGGCGCCCUCCGCUUGUUCUUCCACGACUGCUUCGUCGGAGGCUGCGACGCCUCCGUGCUCGUGUCGAGCAACGCCUUCAACCGCGCGGAGCGCGACGCCGACGACAACGUCUCCCUCCCCGGUGACGGCUUCGACGCCAUCGUCCGUGCUAAGACCGCGCUCGAGCUGCAGUGCCCCGGUGUCGUCUCCUGCGCGGACGUCCUCGCCCUCGCCACCCGCGAACUUGUCCUCAUGCUCGGCGGGCCUUUCUACCGCGUCCGCCUCGGUCGGAAGGAUGCCCUCACCUCCACCGCCGCCUCCAUCACAGGCAACCUCCCCGGCCCCAACAUGACCGUGGACCAGCUCAUCUCCCUCUUCGCGCGCAGGCACUUCACCGUGCAGGAGCUGGUCGUCCUUUCCGGCGCCCACACCGUCGGCUUCUCCCACUGCAGCCAGUUCGCCUCGCGCAUCUUCGGCUACGACGGCGGAGCACGCGACGCCCACGACCCGGCCAUGAGCCCACGGUUCGCGCAGGCGCUGCAGAAGGCGUGCGCCAACUACGUGAAGAACCCAACCAUCGCGGCUUUCAACGACGUGAUGACGCCCGGCAAGUUCGACAACAUGUACUACCAGAACCUGCUGCGAGGACUGGGGCUGCUGGCCUCGGACCAGGCGUUGGCGUUAGACCCGCGGACGAAGCCCUUCGUGCAGCUCUACGCCGCCAACCAGACGGCCUUCUUCAACGACUUCAGCCGCGCCAUGGAGAAGGUCAGCGUGCUCGGCGUGAAGGCGGGACGACGCAAGGGCGAGGUCCGGCGGCGGUGCGACGUGUUCAACAACCUCACCACUUAAAUCAUUGAUUGAUGGCUUGACUGUGGAUUGCGUCUGAAUCAUCGAGCUUGAUGACAUUGGUUUGAGAGGAGCUGUGGGUGGAGAGAAGAGGAAGAGAGUGAGAGCCUUAAUUCAU